AUGCGCAUUACAGGUACAAAAUCUAUCUAUAGCAUCAAGUGUCUCUUCAUCACAGUAGUGGUUUUGGUACUGCUCGGUGGUCCAUCUACAGAGGCAGAGGUUGACGAAAACACCGUCGCCGUCUGGCUCUUUGAUGAAGGUGCCGGCGAUGUAGUGAAAGACGUUUCCGGCAACGGACACGAUGGCGAAUUCGCCGGGAAACCUAAAUGGGUCAAGGCAGAAUUCGGGGGAGGAUUAGAAUUUCCCGGAGAUGACAGUGGAUACGUUGUCGUCAAGUCCACCAAAAAACUGGAAUUGGAAACGCUCAGUAUUGAGGCGUGGGUCAAAGUGGAAGAAUCCACAGGUAAAUGGCAGGGUAUUGUCUGCAAACAGCAGGCAGGGUGUGGCAAUCGUAACUACGGUAUCUGGGUUCAUGUAGAUCAGAGUGUUCUACAUUCGGAAAUUGGAGCAAAUGGGGCAUGUGGGUUUACUAUAGAUGCCACAACCGACAUCACUGACAACAAGUGGCAUCAUCUCGCCUUUACCUUUGAUGGCAAGAUGGGACGGGCUUACGUCGAUGGUGAGUUGGAAAUCGAAGCACCCAAUGGUACUACGUUUCAGAGUGCAGAUCCGAUUACACUUGGCGUACCGAAUCUCAAUAACGCAAAUGGAUUAAAGGGUAUCAUUGACGAGAUACGCAUCUCCAAUGUCGCACGAACCGAAGCGGAAAUUCAGGAAGCGAUGGAUGUCGGAUUAGCCGCAAUUCUCAACGUUGAACCCGGUGGCAAACUCGCAACACGGUGGGGAUACCUCAAGCGUGUACCAUAGGGCUUUUCAAAAUCGGUAGGUG